CCCGCCACCCACCAAUCUCGCCGGCGACGAUGGGGAAGAAAGGGGACAUCGAGGCCGGCAACAAUGGCGCUCUCUACCCCAACAUGAGCGAGAGCCCUCAGCUCCGAUGGGCUUUCAUCCGCAAAGUUUACGCCAUUGUCACGUGCCAAGUUCUUCUCACCGUCGCCGUCGCCGCCACCGUCGUCUUCGUGAAACCUAUCCCUGAUUUUCUGACGUCGAAGACCCCCUUGGCUUGGACGGUGCUUAUCUUGAUUGCAAUCUCUCCGCUGAUCACUCUGAUACCUAUGAUGUUCUUGCGAGAAAAGCAUCCUUGGAAUUUGAUUUUGCUCAUAUUGUUUACAGUCUGCAUCAGUUUUGCAAUCGGGCUCUCUUGCUCUACGAAGAGUGGGGAAGUGAUACUAGAAGCUGCAGGCUUGACAGCAGUUGUCGUCGUAGGUCUCACUAUCUACACAUUCUGGGCGGCAAAGAGAGGAUGCGACUUCAGCUUCCUCGGCCCCUUCCUCUUUACUGCCGUUCUCGUCAUGCUCGUCUACUGCCUCCUCCAGAUUUUUCUACCCUUGGGAAAGGUCGGUAGAACUAUCUACAGCUGCGUCGCUGCUGUUGUGUUCUCGGCCUUCAUCGUGUACGACACCGACAAUUUGAUCAAGCGUUAUAAGUACGAUGAGUAUGUCACGGCUUCCAUCUCUUUGUACUUGGACAUCAUUAACCUCUUCUCUGCGCUGCUGAAUCUCCUCAAUUCAUGAGCUUUGCUAGCAAGAAAAGGAAUUGCUACUAACUUGACUUCAGACUGUGAAGUCUCAUUUUCUUAACACAAAACUAUGGUGGCUGAUUUUUAGUGUAAAAAUAUCAUUGUAACGAAUGGAUGUUAUAGUGUAUCAAGCAUGUGACUCUGAGAUUGGCGACCUUCUUUGUUUUUAAAAGUCCGAUAGCGUGCGUUAUUUUGAA